UCAUUGUCGACAUGGCGCUGGCGAGGUGGGAGCACAAACUACGGAAAGAGCAAACCUCGUAAAGAGAUUAUAAAACGUAAAGGAGAGGAUACCCACGCAUUUUAUUCACACUUAAGACGGCGAUCCAACUUUGGAUUAACAAAUCAGAUCAGAACAAGAUGAUGUCGGAUGCGAGUGACAUGCUGGCAGCUGCCUUGGAGCAAAUGGACGGCAUCAUAGCAGGCUCCAAGUCUCUGGAUUACUCCAAUGGUAUCUUUGAUUGUCAGUCUCCAACAUCGCCCUUCAUGGGCAGCUUGCGAGCCCUAAAUCUACUGGAGGACCUGAGGGGUGUCCUAGAGCUUAUGGACACUGAUGAGAGAGAGAGUCUGCGUUGCCAGAUCCCCGACUCUACUGCAGACAGUCUGGUGGAGUGGCUGCAGGGUCAUAUGUCAAAUGGACACAUUUCAAUUACCGGAGAUGUUUACCAGGACAGACUUAAUCGUCUUGAGGGUGACAAAGAGUCCCUUGUGCUUCAGGUGAGUGUUCUUACAGAUCAAGUGGAUGCACAGGGGGAAAAGAUAAGAGAUCUAGACGUAUGCCUCGAUGAGCACCGCGAAAAACUAAACGCCACUGAAGAAAUGUUACAACAGGAGCUCUUGUGCAGAUCGUCAUUGGAGACUCAAAAGCUGGAGCUGAUGGCAGAGAUUUCCAACCUGAAACUCAAAAUGAAUGCUAUGGAGAAGGAGAGACUCGAUUUUGAUGAAAGGUUCGGAGACAGUGAGGCUUUAAUUUUGGAGAUCAAUGAGCAGAGAUAUCGCUUGUCUGAGAUGGAGAAUGAACGGUUGCAGUAUGAAAGAAAACUGAAAUCCACUAAGUCGCUAAUGGCUAAACUCUCUAGCCUGAAACUCAAAAUGGGCCAGAUGCAGUAUGAAAAACAGAGGAAGGAACAAAAAAUCCAGACACUCAAGGAGGAGCUGGCUACAUUGAGAAGGCAGCUGGAUGGCAGAGAUGGUGAGCUGAGAAGACUGCAGGAUGAGACGGGGUCCAGAUCCUCAACACCUGCAGGCCUAGACAGCACAGAGAGAGUUUUCCCUACUGAGGAAACGUUUAAAAAGAGGCUCAAAGAGAAACAUAUGGAGGUACAAAGGAUGAAGAAAGCGAUGGAGUCGCUGAUGGCGGCAAAUGAGGAGAAGGAUCGCAAGAUUGAAGAACUGCGGCAGUCGCUUUUACGUUACAAGAAGGUGCAGGAGAUGGUGAUGUCUGCCCAGGGAAUAAAAGAUAAGGUCAAAGGAGACAGUGAUGAGAGCAAUAGCGACAGCUCCCUGUCUAUGUCCACCGCCCUCUCCGUUUCCAUGGAUACAGAGAAGUCUGUGCUCACUUACUCAGAGGAAGUGUCUGGGACGAGACAGGACGAGGUGUGGCUCUUUUCUGACCUGCAGUGUUCAUAUAAUGAACCCCUCGAGGGAUUGAUGGUUCAGCCAAGUAGUGUUGCACUACGCAAAGCUUGUCAACCUGCAGUGAUGUCAGAGACAAUCCAAGACGUAGCUACUACAUUUGUCAGUACGCUACAAGUGCCGUCACUCGCUGUAUCAUCUUCAGACAGUGGUCUAGUCCUGGAAAACAUACAGUCGUCAAGUGAUGAGGGGAGCCUAGAGCCUAGUCAGGAGCCUAUUCAAUCACAGGAGACCCCGUUACAUGAGAGUCCCGAAACUUCAGAAGCCACAAAGUCGGAGAGUUUGGGCAAUCUGGAUGGAAAGACCAGUGAAAAGAAAGCAUCGGCAGAGGAUCAGAGAUCAGCAGAGAGCAAAACGUUUGAUGAGUUCAACAAGAUCACAUCUUUACCACCCAAAUCCCCAACCUCUUUACGCGCUGCAGAGGAUGAUAGCUUUGGUACCAGGAAAGCCAGAUCUUCUUUUGGACGGGGAUUCUUUAAGCUCAAAGGAGGAAAGAGGACUGCUAGUGCACCUAAUUUGGCUGAGACUGAGCGAGACGGCACAGAUCAUUUGGAUCUGGCAGGCAUGCCGCAGAGGUCAGCUGACAGUGACAGCACACACACACUUACCAUUAACUCUGAGGGAAAGAAAAAGUCAAAAGGAAUCAAAGCGCUCUUUGGAAAGCUUAAAAGAAGUCAGUCAACCACAUUCAACCUGGAUGAUAACCUAUCAGAAAACGAGUUUAAACGGGGUGGAGUCAGAGCCACAGCUGGGCCCAGGCUCGGUUGGUCACGUGACUUGCAGAACACUAACAGCGAGCUGGAUGCUCCAUUUGCACGCUGGUCUCGGGAGCAGGUUUGUGAGUGGAUGCAGGAACAGGGCUUGGGGUUGUAUGUCGGUAUGUCCAAGCAGUGGAUCUCUUCCGGUCAGACGCUCUUACAGGCUUCCCAGCAGGAUCUUGAAAAAGAGCUGGGGAUCAAACACCCUCUUCACAGAAAGAAACUCCAGCUAGCGCUGCAGGCUCUGGGCUCAGAGGAGGAUGACAAUAAAGGCAAACUUGACUACCACUGGGUGACAAGGUGGCUUGAUGAUAUCGGCCUCCCGCAGUACAAGACUCAGUUUGAUGAGGGACGAGUGGAUGGACGAAUGCUUCAUUAUAUGACAGUGGACGACCUGUUAUCUCUAAAAAUAGGCAGUGUUUUGCAUCACCUCAGUAUUAAGCGAGCCAUCCAGGUGCUACGUCUAAACAACUACGACCCUAAUUGUCUGCGUCGACGACCUUCGGAUGAGAACAACAUAAGUCCUGCUGAGAUCUCUCAGUGGACCAACCACCGUGUGAUGGAGUGGUUGCGCUCCGUGGACCUGGCCGAAUAUGCGCCCAAUCUGAGGGGCAGUGGAGUGCACGGGGGUCUGAUGGUGCUGGAACCUCGUUUUAAUGUUGAAACAAUGGCUUUGUUGCUGAACAUCCCUCCCAAUAAGACUUUACUGCGGAGGCAUCUGGCCACUCACUUUAACCUGCUUGUGGGUUCAGAGUCCCAGCAACUUAAACAGGAGUGUUUGGAAAACCCAGACUACACCUUACUUACUGCCACAGCUAAAGUGAAGCCACAUAAGCUUGCCUUUGUGGGUUUUGGAAGGAAAAAGAGGCAAGAGGACAAUGAAGAGUACGUCUGUCCCAUGGAUGUGGAGAUGCCCAAAGGACGCAGCUUUCAGAAGGGCUACAGAGGCAUGGAGCUCCAGAUUUAUGAUGAUGAUCUAGAUCGACUCGAACAGAUGGAGGACUCGGAAGGAACAGUGAGGCAGAUCGGAGCUUUCUCGGAGGGCAUCAACAAUUUAACGAGCAUGCUGAAAGAGGACGAGUUUUUUAAUGAGAUGGCCACGUCGUUUCCCAAUGCCAGCAUGAAGGAUGAUGACUCUAAUGUGUGAGGGCACAGCAGGACUUUGACCCCCUCUUCUCACCCCCCUAGUGCUGCUGCUUUAAUCGGAAGUGACCGUGCCAAUUCCUCUAUCAACACCUCCACUUCUCUUUCUCCCUGCGAGUGCCAAACACAUCAAUCAGAUCCACUCGUGACACAUUUCAUGCCUUUUUAGUAUGGUUCUUUACAGUGUAUAUGAAAGAUAUAAAUAAAGAUAGGUGGAAGGAUGUGUGACCCA